GCUGCGCAGAGCUUCCCCUAUGUUCCCACGCAGAUUCUCACACCCGAUGCGUGCUUCAACAAGAGCGCGUGCCAUAACCCGGAGGUGGCCUACAUCCUUACCCAGGAUAGCAGCGACAAUGUACAGUUCUAUUCGCUGAACAUUUCGAGCAGGGUUGCAGCAGACGCCGCCAGGCUGACACCCGUUUCAAAGGAGAGCCUGCCUUUCUUGGGUGGAGACAAUCCAAAGAACACAGCAUUCGGGGCAGUGAGGACAGAAGAAGGCGCCGUACUGGUAUACUCUGGAGAAUGUGACCAAGGACCAGGAAAUGUGUGGAUGUAUGGAGAGGGAGCGGCCUCAGGGGCGAGCGGUAAUGCGUCUUGGGUGAAGCACGCGACAACACUAGGCAAGUCGCAAUCGAGCAAGUCGUCGAGAGGGCCGUACUUUCUUGGAGGAACAAUCGCCUUUUCCGGGACACUGGCCCCCCUCCUGGAUGAACCGACAAUAUACUCGUAUGGUGGCAUGUGCGAUACGCCCUCGGAUAGCUCAAAGGAUUGGCAGUCUGCGGCCAAUUAUACUACCGGCAUGAUGACUCUCACGCCAGCUGAUAACAGCCCUUCAUCCAAGUCGUAUGCUCAGGGUACUGCCUCAAACUCUGGACCCAAAACGCCCAUAGCCGGCUUCAGUCUCACCGCGCUGCAAAGCGCGAUGAGCAACAACUCUGGGACGGUCACACAACAAACCGCGUACGUCAUUAUCGGCGGUCAUACCAAGCAAGCCUUCAUCAAUAUGAGCACCGCUGCUGUGUGGAAUCUCCCCGAGGAGUCUUGGUCAUACGUAAACGUUCAACAAUCGACUGACAGCCCCGAUGGUGUAGAGAGUCGAUCCGGUCAUACAGCCAUUUUGAGCCAGGAUGGGCAAUCGAUUAUCGUGUUGGGAGGCUGGGUCGGCGAUGUGACGAAUGCCGCGGAGCCACAGCUUGCCAUCUUGGAAAUGGGCCAGGCAUACGAUUCAUGGAGAUGGACCAUACCGAAACAACAGCCAGCUUUUGGAGCCUCCGGCAUCUAUGGACACGGCGCCGCUAUCCUGCCUGGAAAUAUUAUGAUGAUAUACGGAGGCUGGCAGAUUAGCGAUUCUGACUCGUCAAGCAAGAUGAAACGACAAGCUGGCGUCACCACAGCGCCGCAAUUCUUAAAUUUGACCGACUUGACCUGGGCAACAUCCUAUGCGAAUCCUACUCCGGCCGAUGCUGACGGCAAAAGUCCCCAUGCCGCCCCUAACACAGCUGCUGAUUCCUCCAAGUCCAAAGUUUUGGGGUUAAGUAUUGGAUUUGGCGUCGGUGGCGGACUGGUUCUCCUUGGUUUGGCCAUGGCCACCUGUGUCUGCUUCCGUAAGAGGCAGAGGAGACGAGCCGCUCGUGAGGAGACAAUCAGGGGUAUGGCCCAGGACGCCAGCAUGUUUAUCCACGACUCUGUUGACAUGACUGAGCGGGAGGAUGUUUUCCCCUGGGGUUAUAGUUAUAGCAGCUGGUAUAAUGGCGGCCAGGAUCCAUAUCGCACUGGAGGGAACGACCGAUCCGCUGGGUACGAGAACCUGCGCGGCUCAUAUGGCGGCUAUGCUCCCGUCGUACCGGGGGUUGCGAGAAAGCCAGUGUCCAGGCAGCUUCGUGGCGGUUAUGUGCCGGCAAACCAGCUGAAUAACUUUGUAUCUACUCCGGGUCAAAUCCACCCUAUUAUGGAGGAUGACGAGGAGGAUCUGGCUUACCAGCGCGUCCAUCCUGUUGAAGUCACCACCCCGACUUCGGACGCGUAUUCUGAUCCAUUCCUAACGCCAACAGUCGCCGUUGCUUCAGGGGGUCUGCCAGUGUUCCAGCCUCCGCCUCCUGGCCAAAGCACGGCUGGUCCAAGCACAGACGGCCCCUUUCAACACGAUCCAGAUGUGCAAGACUGGGUGUCUGAUGUCGAUGCGGCAGACGCCAUGCUGGCGAGAUAUAACAGUACUCGUCAAGCACAGGGUCGUGGAUCUCCUACACGGCGAAACUCCCAGCGCUCAUCCGGUGCACGAGAAGAUGAUCUUCGUACGGAAUCUGGCUUAUCCGAAUCGAAUCGCAGUGCGGCAGACGGUCUAGGUCGGUCCAGCUCCGGCCGGUGGUCCGCCAUUAUUGCUUCAGCUGGCCUGUUUGGAGGUUCAUCGGCACCUACCACGGAGCCGGGCAAGCCUGGUAGCUCCUCUUCAAGCAGCUACAACACAGCAAAAUCAGGAUUCGGCGCGUUACAGGCAGAAGGACCCAAUUUGUUGCUUGGCAGAACAACGCCAUCAAGUCCGUUCGAAGAUGACGAAUUACAGCCCAGCUCGCCAUCAAAGGCUAAGCCUCCUCGACGAAGCUGGUUAGGUUCGCUUAGACGCGUCUUUUCUGGCUCAGAAUCUACCUCGGGAGACUUGUCUGUUCGAGACCGAUCUCCUCAGCGAGAGAUAUCAACAGACAUGCUGAGCCACGACUACGAACCCCCUCUUGCAGCUCUGGGUAGCGAGCUUCUUAGAAGGAAGCAAGGUCGCCAAGACUGGGAAAGCGGGGAAGGCAGUGGUGCUCAGGAGAACGAAUGGGAUAUUGAAAGAGCCGUGGAGAACCGCCUCGUACAAGUCAUGUUCACUGUCCCCAAGGAGCGCCUUCGCGUUGUGAAUGCCGACGACCUUGACGACGGAACAAGUAUGGAUGAAAGGCAGCCUCUUCACAUGCCACAGACGGCCGAGCUUGUCGACAUGGAUAA